AUGUUCUCCAGUACCGUGGCCCGUCCACUACAGCUGGCUACUCGGUUCAUGCAGUGGGCCAGUGCAGUCAUCGUGAUGGGUAUCACUUCAUACUUCAUCCACAAGGGACCUCGCGGCCAGCACACUAUCUACUGGGAAGUCAUUUCGACCAUGUCUGUUGUCUUCUUCCUGCCCGCCUUCAUCUCGCCGUUCAUGCCCAAUGCCCUAAGCAAGUUUGUCCUGAUCAUCGAUGUCAUCUUCUCAUACCUCUGGCUCACAGCCUUCAUCUUUGCCGCGCAAGACUACAACUGGCACAACUGCGCCUUCAACUCUCCCCCCGGCCUGUCCUGCUCUAAGAAGAAGGCCAACGAAGCUUUCAUCUUCCUGACCUUCAUCUUCACCUUCUUCGCCAUUUUCCUCGAAGUCGGUGCCCUCUGGGCCUACCGGCGCGAGAGCACCCCCGUCCGGGAGAAGAACACUGGUGGCGCCCACGGCGGUCCUGCUGACGCGCCUCUGGCCGCAGCCUAGACUUCAGGCUCUACCUGAUAAAGCCAUCUCGUCGUGUGACGGCGACUACAUAUGCCAACGUCCUCUCUUGCGCAGCAUCCAUCCGUCUGCAUCUACGUCCUGCACAGGAAAGAGAAGUCGUCCAUCUCCCGCGAGAUGAGGAUUCGAUACCCCUUUCUUGUCUCUCUUUUAUACGACCAUGAUACCACAGUUGACUUUGGCUUUGAUUGAACAUCUACCAUUAAUACUGAUGAUGUUUAUACUUCUGAUAUCCCUGCAUACUAAUGUCCCUUCGUUAAUGUCUGUACGACUUGAACAUGCUUGAAACGACCUGAAGAA